AUGGAUAACCAGCACAAAGUUUGUGGUGAUGAGGAUGCAAUGUUAACGGAUGAUUUAGAGUACAAAGUUGGUGAUGAAGAUGCAACAUUGAUGGAAGUUCCCAUAUCUUUACUUGAACCUCAAGAAUCAAAAGUUGAUGUUGUUGAGAAUAUGGAUAAGCAACGUAAAGCUGGUGAUGAUAAGGAUGCAAUAUUAAUUGAAGUUCCAAUAUAUUUUAUCACACAUGAUGAAUCAAAAGCUGAUGUUUUAGAGUACCGAGUUGAUGGUGAUGAGGAUGCAACAUUAAUGGACGUUCCGAUAUCUUUUAUUGCACUGGAUAAAGCAAACAUUGAUGUUUUGCAGAAUAUGGAUAACCAGCACAAAGUUUGUGCUGAUGAAGAUGCAAUGUUAAUGGAUGAUUUAGAGUACAAAGUUGGUGAUGAAGAUGCAACAUUGAUGGAAGUUCCCAUAUCUUUACUUGAACAUCAAGAAUCAAAAGUUGAUGUUGUUGAGAAUAUGGAUAAGCAACGUAAAGCUGGUGAUGAUAAGGAUGCAAUAUUAAUUGAAGUUCCAAUAUAUUUUAUCACACAUGAUGAAUCAAAAGCUGAUGUUUUCGAGAAAAUGGAUAAGCACUACAAAGUUGAUCGUAGAGAUACAAUAAUGGCUAUUCCCAUAUCUUCUAUUGCACCACAAACUGGUGUCUCAUUGAAAAUGGAUAUGCACCUCAAAGUUGAUCGUAUAGAUGCAAUAAUGGCAGUUCCUAUAUCUUCUAUUGCACCACAAACUGGUGUCUCAUUGAAUAUGGAUAAGCAGUAUCGAGAUGAUGGUGAUGAGGAUGCAACAUUAAUGGACGUUUCGAUAUCUUUUAUUGCACUGGAAAAAGCAAACACUGAUUUUUUGCAGAAUAUGGAUAAGCAGUACCGAGUUGAUGGUGAUGAGGAUGCAACAUUAAUGGACGUUCCGAUAUCUUUUAUUGCACUGGAUAAAGCAAACACUGAUGUUUUGCAGAAUGAGAUUGUACCAAAAAAUAUGCAUUACAUGUAUACACAUACAUUUGAACAAAGAAGGCAAAAUUGGAUCAUCAAUAAUAUUUCUCGUCCAGGUGGCUUAAUAAUAGAUUACAUCUACCUUCAUUUGGAGACAAACAAAAAGUUUCGAUCUUUGAUAGAAAUGUAUAAAUUUGUUGUAUAUGGGGAAGUUCCUGAAAUAACAAAGAAAUCAAGAGAAAAUGAAGAAACAUCGCAGGUGACACCGAGAUGUAAAGCACAUGUGCGCGGUAAAAAGUUGAUCACAAAUUAUGUAGUUGGAGCAUGUACUAAAUCUUACAAUGGGGUAUACAUUAAAAAUCGGGGAGAAGCUAACUACUUAUCUGAACGUGACAUCCCUUCCAACAUUGAAAAAAAGAGAAAAAGAGUAAAUGAAGAUUUAUAUGGGCAUCAACAAGUGAACUUGGGAGAUGAUGCAACACGUGUCAACUCAGGAAAUGCUACAUUAAGUACUCCAAUGCAGUCUUUUCUUUACCUUUGGAAUUUUGAGCUCAUACCCGAGGCACACUAUGAAAAUCUUUAUUAG